AUGGCCACCAGCCGCAGUAAUCCUAUACCUCCACCUAUCUCCCUUCCGGCAGCGAACGUCGCUUCUCAUGCCGUACCGCCGACUCCAUCGCCGAGUCGACCAACAAUCCCCAACUACCAGUCUCUCGAUCCGUUACUCGCAAACUUGUCCCCCGAAUCUACUCUCGAAGCGCUUACCUCAACAGACGCAGUGCCCAAGAACGAACCCGCAUACGAUAUCCUCUCCAAGAGCAUAUCCCAAGUCUCGGAGGCGGAGAGAGCUCUUGGAAUCCGCGCGGCUGUUGCGGCACAGAAUCUAAGCCUAUGGUAUAAAGAGGUGCAAACGUGGGAAUGGCCGAAACGCACGGAUGCCCAACUGGGCCAAGGAUUUAUUCCGCCUUCUACCACGACAUCCAAUGCUUCAGAGCCAGAAUAUUUGGGCAGCCUUCCUGCAGAAGUUGUAGCUGAACACGAGAAACGAAUCGAGGAGAUUCGUGAUGGCAUGGAAAGUCUAGGUGUCGACGAAUUGAAAGAACAUGUUCUGAAUGCUCAUAUUCCUUCACGGUCUCGGCCAUCGUCAUCCAAUAGCAAUCUUUCCGGACCCCCUUCGUUCAGCUAUGUGCAAUUAAGUGAUUUCACCGCUGUUAUCACCGCCACCAUCUUGCGCGCUCUCCCACUUCUCUCCCGCCUGAACAGCCUCCUUUCCACGUGGGAUGUUCGGCUACUAGUCCUCCGCCAGGUACCGGGACUAUUGUGGAGCCUGCGUCUAGCCCAGUCUGAAUUGAAUUCGGCCUUGGACUUGUUGAAGUCCUCCGUGCCCCCCAACGAGCAGGAUGCCUUGUAUUCCCUAUCAAAUUAUCAUGCCAAACGCACUGCGCUGGAGGUGACGGUUCUUUCGACGGGGCGACGAAUGGAUCGUAUGCUUGAUGCGCUAGAGGGCCGGGAAGACUCGUUGCCGGAGAAUUGGAUUGAUGAUCUAGAAGCUAUCGAAUCUGGUUUUGGUAACUGGGUUAUGGACGCCGAGAAACAGACAGUUGAGAAUGAAUGGCGGCGCAUGAUGGCCAAUAAACAGCAAAGCAAAGACCACCCACAAGUGCCAAAUCAGCCAACCCCUGUAUCGGAUGAACAUAGAACUCCCGAAGACUUUACCACCCACACCCCCGAGCCUUUCCCCCAAGCUGUACGUCCACCUUUGAUGGAAACUAUCGCUGAGGAACCCGGAAGCCCGACUGAGGACCAGAAAUCUUUUGAGAACAUGCUUGGACAACCCGUCGUGACCUCUCAAAGAACCGAACAAGCUCCCACUCGUGGUUCUGAUACAUCGUCCUCUCUUGAUGGCACAGAAGUGGCCAGCGAUAGCUCCGAAGCCAGCCAAACCCCGCAAGAGGCCAAUACUGUAAUUGAACCGCCCGCGACCCCGGAGAGAAGUACUGCGAACACUGUGGUCUUCGAUGCAUCGCCUUCUAGCGGGAAAGAAAAUGCAAAUGCCCACCUGCUCCCUGAUCAGAAACCCUCAUUAGAAUCUGUGUGCACUGACGCAGCUAAGGACGUACCUUCCUCUGAUCUUAACCGGGAAGAAGUAGCGUUGCCAGACGAUAGCUUGCCGAGAAAGACGGAGCCUAUGUGUGGACUCCAAAAAGCGAUAGAAGAUCCGUUUAUUGCCCAAUAUGAGGAAAUGGGACAGUUAGAACAGCCAACCAAGGCAAGAGACUGUCCCGGGGAUGCCACCUCUCCUGAAGCAGAUAGUUCCCCAGCUAGUCCAAGCUCGCAAGCAGAAACCGGGAGUGUCAUAAUACAGAGACCCAAGGGUGUUGUAAACUCGCCCAAACCGGAAGAAACGGUAGAGCCGCAUGGGGACGAAACAUCGACAGUCUCAACUACCCCGGAAUCCAAGAUUGAGGUCUCUGAUCAACUACGGCCUGCCUCAACUGAAGAGGCGACAACUUUACCUAGCGUCACUGUGGAACCCGCCCCCACCGAUAUUGCUGCUUCGAUAUUGGUUAAUCGAGAUAGCUCACUUUCUCCUCAAACCAGCAGGCCUUCGUCACCGGUGUCUUCUCGGCCUCCUCCCUCGAUGACAAAUGACAAAGACACUGCAGCUCCAUCUCCAAGGCAACCUUUGGAUAGCCCCAUCAAGCUUUCUAAAACCAGACCGGGACGUUUUGAUUCGGAGCAAACCACCAUCUCUCAUGGUCGACGAGUAUCGGGCGCCUCCACAGAUUCUUCUGAUUAUCCAUCACUCGUAUCCAGCCCGGACAUCCGAGGAUUGCGUACCGUUUCGUCGAACGGAACACCUAAGCUUAUUGAGACUCCUCCAUUAUUCCAGACAGACCAUCGGCAGUCUGGCCCCAUACCGACUAAUAGCGAACAUACAUUGCGAGAAGACCGCUUGCUUCGCUUAGACAGCGAAAAGUCUCCGCCCACGUCUUUGAAACACAACCGGGCUCUUAGCCUUCCACUGCAACGAUUUAUCAAUGAACGGUUGGAUAUGGACUUCGAGGAUGAACCAAACACCGAUCUGACCAUUCCGACCAUUGUCAAGAAAGUCACGGACUCUCCCGUAAGAUCAAGUUCCCAUAAUGAUCGCCUGUGCCCACAGUCACAUUCGAGCAAACACCGUCCCUCCACCUCAUCCACCGGUAUUCGCCGUGCUGUUGGCCGGCGUUCUGAGCUUUCUCGGGAAGACCGCACAUCUUCAGGGCCCGAUAGCGUGACACAGAGACAGCCCAAGGCUUGGGAGCGCAACAUGAAUACCUCCGUCAAAAAUCCGGCACAUAAAGCUCCGCUCUCCCAACCACCCGUCCUUUCAACAGCCACCCGUGUCAGGAAGCAGCUGACUGCGCACCCUAGCCUCGAAAGCAUUGGGGUAUAUAAGUCUACGCCUCGUGUAUCCGGAGAGACAUUGACCAGCACAGUGAAUGAGAAGACGGGCUCCCGGCCGUCGACUCCGGGUAGCCAGAUAAGAAGGCCAAGGGAUCAUUUAGACGAGAAAAUAAGCUCUAUUCUUAAUACGCUCCCAACGCGUAUCCAUUUUGAAGACCGUGAAGCUGAUGCAUCAUCUGCGAUAUCAUCUUUGCCAUUGAACGCUAGGGAGCGGUUCCGCUCUAUAUCCCCGCAAGGGUCAGUGUCACGCAGCGGCACGCCCACCCCAUCGUUUACCCUCACCCCUGCUGUUUCUCGUAGGAGAUAUUCACAUGCUCCAGAGGAAAGCUCCGUGAAACUAUACCAUCUGCACCAAGGUGGUAAAACCGUUCCCACCAAGCUUUUCGUCCGUUCAGUGGGAGAAAAUGGUGAGCGCGUGAUGGUACGUGUUGGUGGUGGUUGGGCAGAUUUGGCCGAAUAUCUGAGGGAGUUUGCUAUCCAUCAUGGCCGACGACACGUUUCAGACACGCCUCGCGUCGAAGUUCAAGGAAUAUCAUCUCGUGAAUCGACGCCAACUUACACGCCACCGGGGAGCAGGCUUACUAGGUCUGGCAAUGGACGAUGCACGCCGUCCCGACCCCAUUCUGUUAUCAGUAAUCGACCAUCGUCCUCACUGGCUGUCCGCAAAACGAGACGGGCUUCGAAUGUAUCCGAUAUGACCGAUCUCAGAGCAGCAAGCACAGGCGAGACACUGAACUUAUCAUCUUCCCCCAUGUCAACCGUCUCCUCGCGCAGACGGCUCUCAACUUCUUCUAAUACCUCUUUCGGUGCGGUUUCAACCAUGAGUGACGCUCGAUAUGGAUCUAUUCCUCUUGGUUUGGCGGGACCUAAACCGCGAUCUAGGUAUGCGCCUAUGAGCGCAGAAAGUGAAGCGUGGGUGGAAGAUGUCCUUGGUCAAGCACGGAGAAGCUCGUCUCUACGACCUUUCACAUUUGGGCUAUCCCCUCCCGAGAAUGAUCAUACUCCUGGUAAAAUUCCCACUUUACUUAAAUCUAGAAGCAUCAGCGAUAUUGGGAAAGUCGGCUCGAGCAAGCGAGUUGUCCUCCGCGGGCUUGGCAACCGGUAA